UAUAGUUGAAUCGGUAAUUAUAUAUAUCGUGGUCGGCUUUGACCUUUGAUUGAUGAUUGCUUUGUGAUAUUGGACACUUAGCUUUCCAGCGAGUCAAAAUCUUUGAAUUAUGACCGCGUUAGGCUCCACAUGACACUAUGACAUUUAUCUUAUCAUUCCAUGUCUCAAUCAUCACACCAAAUGCUAUUAAAUUAUAUACAGCUGACAAAACGUAUCUUCUUCAACUAUUGCAUUUUCUUUAUAAUCUCCGCAGAUGGCCAAAACCUUCUCUUAUCUUUAGAGCAGAGAUGGCUGACGUCAAACGCUUACUCAUCCUAUCAAUCAUCUUGCUCCUGUUCUUGUCUCAGUCCUUUCUUCUGUGUUCAGGUCAUGACGACGACCAAGCUGGUCAAACGAGGAAGCUUGGAGUUUUCAUAAGGAAAAGAGGAGGAGGAGGAUACAGAAGGGCUCGCACCACCACAUCAGCUUCUGCAACGCUUUUGUCAGGCUCCUUCCAUAUGACUGCUUGCCUUGUCUCCUCGUUCCUGCUCUCUCUUAUUUUCUAGGUUUUUCUACUGUCAAAAGUGGUCUUUUUUUUUUUUUUUUAAUUUCUUUACAAGAAUUGUAGUGGUCGAUAGUAGUUAAUGUCAACAUGAAUCUGUAUUCUCUAUAUUGUACACAAGUGGGUACAACAUGAAGAUUGUGAGCUCUAUGGUUUUGUCUUUUCCAAGUUUGUGAAACCAAAAUAGAUGCUUAGAUCAGUUUC